UUGAAGGGCAGCUAGUCGAAUGGAAAACUGACUGGUGGAAUACGGAUCCUUGCGUUUUAAUCUAGGAAAUAGCGCGUGCACAGGGACCGCUUAAUUCCAUUGUCGUACAUCUCAGUAAAACCAAAGGGCAAUUGUUCAAGAAGUGGACAAACUGGAAUCAUUACUGCAUUUAAGUCAAAAUUGUGUUAAGACCUGCCACAACUCAAAUAUUACUGUAUAUUAGGGGGGAAAAUUAAAAACGUGAAAUGACAGCAUUCUGAACAGCGUAUCGAUCAAAAGUCUAUGGAAGGUUACACUUGAGCCUGCUAAGAAAUCCGGUCAGGGACACAGCAAAACGUGACAAUAAUGCAAAAACACUGAGACGGGGACCAGAACCUGAUUAAAGGAAACGCAGCGCAUUUCCCCGCAGGAUCCGCAACGGAGGAGCGCAGACUGACACCUGAAUCUUAGAGGAAACCGAGACGGGCAGGAAGAGGCAAGCAGGACAAAAUGAAGCAUUUUCUGAGGGCACUGAUGCAGUUCUUCCUGUUCCUGUACUGCGCCCUCCUGUGGCGCACACUCAAGUUCGUGAUGCGAAAGGUUACGGGUCGCUGCGAGCUGCAGCGGAUCUGCCACAACAACAAGCCUGGCGCCCGCAGGACGCUGAAGAUCGAGUCUUCCCUGAAAUUCUCGAAGAGUGAGCUCCUGCAGACUGCAGUGAGUGCCCAGCUGGACUCGGUGGAGAAGAUAAUCGAUGACAUCAUCACCCUGAAGAACAUCAACCCUGAUGCGAACCCACAGUUGGGGGUCUCUCUCCAGGCCAGCCUCUUUCAGAUUGUGGGCUACCGGAGUCUGGUGGUAGAGGUGGAGAGGCUACGCCGGGAGUCAUAUGACUGUGAGAACCCAAAGCAUGAGGAGAUGUUGCUUAAGCUGUGGAAGUGCUUAUGCCCAGACACCCCCCUCACGGGCCGUAUCUCCAAGCAGUGGUGUGACAUCGGUUUCCAAGGCAACGACCCCAAGACGGACUUCCGGGGAAUGGGGAUACUGGGCCUGUCUAAUCUCCUAUACUACGCAGAACACGACAGAGCCAAUGCCCUGCAGCUGCUCCACGAUUCACAGCAGCCAAAGAGCAGCAAGAUGAGCAAGGCAGAGUGGGAGAAGAGCCAGCUGGAUAAAGCGAUUGGGUAUUCCUUCGCCAUCGUGGGUAUCAACAUCACGGACCUGGCUUACAGGCUGCUGGUGGGCGGUGCCCUCAAGACCCACCUGUACAACGUGGCCCCAGAGAUGCCCAGCAUAGCAAACUUCCAGCAGACCUUCUGUUAUCUGAUGCAGGAGUUUCACAGGUUCUGGAUGGAGGAAGACCCCCGUGACAUCAUGGAAUUCAACCGCAUCCGUGACAAGUUCCACAAGAUGGUGCUGAAGCUGCUCAGGGACCCUGACACAGCCCUGUGCCCCCACUUCUCUGCCUCCGACCUCCACAUGAUCACGCUCUAGUCACCUGCAAAGCUCGAACCUGGGGCUGCAUCCCUCCCAUCCACCCUCAUGUCACUGCCAACAGGUCACACAUCUACGCUACAGGGAGAUUCCUGGCCUCCUGCCCUUCCCACAAUCCUAAGCUCUACCAGCAGCCCUCACGACAUUGGUGAUUGUGCGAUCGCGAGCAUGGCGCUCUGUCUGAGCCAAUCAGGGAGCACUCUCAUUUCUCCCAUGAGCCAGUCACAUGACACAUUUCGUCUGUAAGCCUUAGCGUGCAGAUACGCUUCUGAGCUGUGGAUGUGUCACACCUGUGAAACUGUCACACUUCUGGAAUUAAAUAAAUCCAAAGAUCACAUGUUCCAGUGUGUCACUGUCAGACACAACUAUGGUAUUUCAUUGCCAAAAAACAAAAACGAAGAAGGAGAGAGUGAGAAUAUAAUUUGAGAACAGGAACUUAAAGAUGUUCUGCUAUUUGUGGAUGUUAUUGUGAUAGAUUGUUAUGAUUGUUUAAUACCAAUAUAUGUUAUGUAUAGAUGGAAAACUGCAGAAUAAUUUGCUCUUUGUCAGCCAAAGCAAUAAUUCACCAUUUUUCUAGCCAAUACGCUUAUAGUUUACCGUUGCUUUGGUGCAAAUAUUUGAUUUAAUUAUUCAACCACAUGUCAGUAGUAACUUUUAAAAUGUGAUGUUACAGGAACCUCAUGCAUUUCUGCGCUACUGCAGGUUUCCGUAGGCAAGGUUUUAAAAAUAUUUUUAUAAUUGUUUUACGUGGAAGCAUCAUAUCAAACAUGACGUAUUAAGCACAUUUUGUAACUUUUCCUAUUAACUGUGUGUGGUGUAGUAAAGAACUUUAAUUUUCAGAACGUUCAUAUGCAAUAGAUUGGAUAGACAGAAACUCUGGAAGUUAGGCUUUUUGUUAAAGUUUUGUGUCUUACAUUUCUCUGAAGAUUGUGUCCAUCGAAUAUAUUGCAUUUUGCUUUUAAAAAGCAUUGUAUCUAAUUUUGCCACUACAUUUGCUUUGCACACACGUCAAACGAUUGAUUGACAUUUAAGUAUUGUAUUUGCCUAUUAGCAGCUAUUGUACGUACAGUGAUAAGCAAAUAAAUUUGUGGGCGAAUA